GAAAACUGAGAUCAGAGAAUUUCUUCUUUUCUGUGAAUCUGUCAGUGUGUGAAGAAUUAAAUGGAUCCUCAGAGAAACCACGUGACCCGUGAUGACCUGAGGUCAGAGACACGUGAGAUACAACCACCUUCAUCUUCAUCACCCUCAUCAUCGUCAGGUCAGACAGCCUCUGAUCCACGACAGCCUCGAUACUCAGAUGGAUUCACCGUGAUCCCGCCCAAGGAAUCCCAGAGAAGAGAGCUGGUCGCGACUCUUCAGAAAGAUGAGGAGAAGCUUCAGAGAUGGACAGAGGACAACAGAGUCACACAUGUGCACAUGGAACCAGAGACACUGGGAGGUCACAUGACACAGGCUGAAGUCAGACAGAAGCAACAGACAAACCAACGUUCAUCCAAGUUGCAGAAGAAGCUGAAACAGGAGGAGCAGGAGCGUAUGAGGAGGCAGGAGGAGGAGAAGUUGCUGCAGAAAAUGAAAGACGAACAGAGGAGCAAGAGCGAGAGUCUGCAGGAGAGACAGCGACAGGAAGACCAGAAGAGGAAGCAGGACCUCAAGCAGGACCACAGCAGGUCAGACCUGGAUCAGGAUCACAGCAUGGCAGACCUGGAUCAGGUUCACAGCAGGUCAGACCUGGAUCAUGAUCAUGUCAGGUCAAACCUGGAUCAGGAUUACAGCAGGUCAGACCUGGAUCAGGUUCACAGCAGGUCAGACCUGGAUCAGGAUCAUGUCAGGUCAAACCUGGAUCAGGAUCACAGCAGGUCAGACCUGGAUCAGGUUCAUGUCAGGUCAGACCUGGAUCAGGUUCAUUUCAUGUCAGACCUGGAUCAGGUUCACAGCAGGUCAGACCUGGAUCAGGUUCAUGUCAGGUCAGACCUGGAUCAGGAAUCAGGUCCAUGGCAGUGUGGUGUGGUUUCUGUGGUGGAUGUUAGUCACUGACGUGGUGUCAGAUGACUCAAUGUGAGGAGCUUUACAGUCUGUGUGUGUGUGUGUGUGUCUGUGGAUCAGGUGAAACCAGGUUCAGAUCUUCACCUGAAGAUCCUGCUGUCAUACACAACACGGCUGCUCUGUGUAGUUUCUACUGUUAAAUAUUCAUUAUUUGAGUUGAAUGAACUGAAUUGUCGUCACAGAACUGUUGUACAACAUCAUGCGUGCGCUAAAUUAGCUCGCUAGUUAGCUAAUGUGCCGAUAAGACGGUUCCAGUUUUCCAGUACUGUGUGCGCUAAAGCUAGUUUGCUAGUUUGAUGAGGCAGCAUUUAUGCUGAGUCAUCUUCAAUAUCACUCUCCAAUGAUUCUAUUAAAUGAUUUCAAAGUUCAUCGACAUUUAGACAGACAAGGAACAGAGCUUAACAUGCUAACAACUAGCCACCAAACUGAAGCUCUGAGCAUCAGAGUGAAAGCUGUAGUUUUUACUGUUUAAUGUUAAUGUUUUUAAAAAGAGAUUUAAAGCUACAGCUUCAGUGUUUUAGGAAUGAAGAACUGCGUCACGUGUGAGCUAAAUUAGCGUGCUAGUUAGCAAACCUUAGCUGUAACACUUAAGUUUUCCACCGAAUAGGCUGCAUUUAAGCUAAUACUAAAGUAAAAUUCUAAUAAUAUGCUGAACUUUUUUCCCCCUUUUGAUUUCUUCCUCAACAGCAGAUGAUAAACAUAUUUGAUUUGUCAGCGAUUUUUAGGAAAUACCACGUUAUGUGUGGGGAAAAAACAAGCUUGUUAGCCCUUAGCUGUAAUGCUAAAGUUAUCCAACAAAUGACUUAUGGCACAACAUGAGUGUGUGAGGCUGAACUGAAGCAUCGAGCUAAGCUAACAACAAUAUUACUAAAGCAGGACGCUGUCUCAUGACCACUUUACUGAUGAGUAAAGUCAGUGGAAUGAUCCUUUAAAAAAGUUCUGUUUGCACUAAGUAAACGUGCAGGAACAGUUUCAGGUAAAACACACACAUUCAUAAAUGAGCACAAACACAACAGAGCAGACCAUGUGACAGGAAGUGACAGGAAGUGGAGAUUAUAUAGAGUCAGGUGAGAUAACGACAAACAGGUGAUGAUAAUGAAAAAACACCAGGGAGUGAGACACACUGAGACACAAGCACAAAAUAAAACAGGACAGAAAGACAAUAU